AUGGGCUGUGCCUCCAAUGCCUCACAUUCUCCAGUCUUCUUGCUUCUCGGGUUCUCGAGAGCUAGGGUCCCCCACAGGGUCCUCUUUCUCCUGUUCCUGGCUAUUUACCUGACUACCAUAAUGGGGAACGUGACUCUCGUGCUGCUCAUCUCCCGGGACUCCAGGCUCCACUCACCUAUGUACUAUCUGCUCCGAGGUCUCUCCAUAGUAGACAUGGGGCUGUCCACGGUCACCCUGCCCCAGCUACUGGCCCAUCUGGUCACUAAUGACCUAGCCCUUCCUGCUGCCCACUGCUUGGCCCAGUUCUUCUUCUUCUAUGCAUUUGGAGUCACAGACACCCUUGUUAUUUCUGUAAUGGCUCUGGAUCGCUACGUGGCCAUCUGUGACCCCCUCCACUACCAUUCAGUGAUGAAUCGCCAACUCUGUGCCCGCUUAUUGGUCUUGAGCUGGGUGGUGUCCAUAGUGCACACCAUGCUGCACGUGGGACUCCUUUUGCCUCUUCACUGGGCUGAGGAUGCUGAGGGCAACGUUAAACUUCCCCACUUCUUUUGUGACCACCGACCACUUCUGAGAGCUUCUUGCUCUGACAUCCAUCCCAAUGAGCUGGCCAUAUUCUUGGAGGGUGGCUUCCUCAUGCUAGGCCCCUGUGCCCUCAUUGUCUCCUAUGUCCGCAUUGGGGCCACCAUCCUACGUCUGCCUUCAGCGUCCGGUCGCCGCCGUGCCAUCUCCACCUGUGGAUCCCACCUCACCAUGGUUGGCUUCCUCUACGGCACCAUCAUUUGGGUCUACUUCCAGCCUCCUUCCCAGAACUCUCAGGAUCAGGACAUGGUGGCUGCCGUGAUGUACACUGCCGUCACACCUCUGGCCAACCCUUUUGUGUACAGCCUCCGCAACAAGGAUGUCAAGGGUGCACUCCACAGGCUGCUUAGGGAAGGGAGGGUGGACUCCGGUUAG